AGUUUGGAGAAAGAAAAGAAUGGGAAACAACUAAAGUACAACAACCCAACACAAACACUAAAACACAACAUUCCAACUACAUCUACUCCUCUUCUUUUGAUUGGUUGGUUCUUGUUCUUCUCAUUUUCCUACUGAACUUUCUUUGAUUCUCCGGCAAUGUCUCUCAACGGUGAAUCUACACCGCCGCCACCUGUGAUAGGCAAAAUCGGACCUUACACUGUUUUCAUGACGCCGCCAUCAACACCUAAACCCUCUUCUUCUUCUGACCCAGUUGCUCUUCAUUCUCCUAAACCCAUCAACAAUGCUAAGAUCGCUCCUCCUCCACCUCAGAUUCAUACCCCUCUUCCUUCUUCCAAAACCCUUUCCUCUGAUGCUUCUGUUUUGGGUUUUUUCAAGAACGCUGUUAACAAGGUUCAAACUGCUCACUCAAGUUUGGAUGACCAUUUGGCUCGUUGGUUUGGGUUGAAUCAGUCAAAGUAUCAAUGGGCUCUUGAUGAUUAUUAUGAGACCAAGGGAACGGAAAAGGGAGACCAAAAAGUGAAAGAAAUGUCAAGCAAAGUACAGAGUGUUUGAUUUGCUUGGUGCUGGUGGAUUUAAUUAAAAGUGAGAUGUGAAGACUCUUGCUUUGAGUAUAUUUAUACCUUCGUAUUUACAUGUGGAGUAGAAAAAAUUCUCUGAUAUGUUCAAGAGUUAUUUGAUCUACAACCAUUGAUCUUCCGAGUUAAUGUUUUGUUAUUGUAUUGUAUUUUAGUUUCAGUAGUGUUUUAGUUUUCCUUGCCUUGGAGCUGUUUUUGUAUUGGUAUUUGGUUAAGGAAAAAUAUUGAUAGUUGCAUUCUUAUGAUGACAACGUUAUCUUCAAAACAUUUUGUAUGGCUUAUGAAUUACUAUAAUAACAUAGGAGAAUAUCUAAGGGUCUGAUUUGGAUCAUCAUCAUCAUC